AUGUCUUUGACCGUAAACACCAGCCUUCCUUCACAACAUGAGGUCGCCUCGUCAAUUGCAUCCACGGUUGUCAAGCCCGCUAUCUCAAGACAACCCUCCACUUCCUCGAACAAAGGCAAAUCACCGGGUACAUCCUCGCGGAGAUCGACGUUGAAAUCCCCGGCGCGUUCCACAUUCGCGAACUCGGAGGGAGCUGAUGACGCGACGUGGGGGUCCAACUUCUGGGUCACACUCGUGGAUCCCCAGACGCAAACCUCGUUCUUUGCUUGUCCGGCCACGGGGCAGGUUAGUUGGGACCCUCCGGUUGGAACUUUCGUUCUGCCCCCAAGCGAGGAUGGCGAAUGGUGGGAGCUCAGCGAUGACUCCCGUGGUGGAAUACCUUACUACUAUCAAACAAAGACUGGUGAAACUGUGUGGGAGCGGCCGAGUGGCUUUGUGAUUCCCUUGGGUAUUCUUCAGAAUACUGCCAUGGGACGUCGACUCUCACAAACCACAUUUGAUCAUUUUUCCAAGCUUAUUCCCAACUCUAAUCAGGAACCUACUCCAAAUAACACUCAUUUAUCUCCUCAAUCAAAGACAACCACUGGGUCCCGUCUGUCGUCUCGGAGAUCGGGAGAACGUCUUUCACUCAAUCAUGCAUCUACUUCGAAACGACACAAUAUGCUCAGUGUACAGCUUACUCCAAUACCCGGCUCUCCAAAUCCAACAAUCGCUUCCGCAGCACCCUCUUUCAUGUCGAAACCAUCUCCGUCGAAAUCCUCGAUUGUUGAAGAGGACACCAGCAAGCUUACUGUCCCGAAGGAAAAGGAGUCGCCUAGUCGGAAGGUCUCAGGCACUCCUCAGCAUUCGUAUUCGCCAGACUCUAUUUCUCGAGCUCGAUCAAAAUCAUCCACAUACACUCCACAUAAGGCGCAGCAACCUCAGAGCCUUGAUGCUGCACUAGAGAUCUUGUCAAGCCCGCCUUCUGAUAGUGGACACGGUUCAUCCCUACACCAAAAAUCUGUCACAGAAACCUCAAUGGCUGCAAGCAGCGUGAAUGGUCAUGGUUAUACCACAGAUGAGCCUACGACCCCCACCAGAAGGCGGCAACGCGACGUUCCUCCAUCACCCUCCCGUCCUAUCCCGGAAACGCCUAAACACCAGGCUACUGUCGGUGGCAAGGGAAUCAGUAGCCCGGUACUGAAUCUUGCUGCGACGUUACAAAUGAGCCCUGUCAAGAACAGAGCCAAUGGUAAACCGAUAGCAGUUGACGCACCGAUUCGCCCAAUGCCCGGGGCUUCUGUUGCGACCCUUCCUUCGGGGACGUAUCCGAUCCUCCCGCAAGCCCUGGCAACAGAUAUUCAGCUAUUCUCUGAGUCGGAAUAUGCGAAGCAGUACUUUUCAACGCAUAAAACAGGUUUCAUCUUUAAACGGAAAGUGCCUGUUGCUCAACUCAUGAGUUGGCAGAAGGCUCCUCUGACUGCCCCACUCCUUUCCAUGAAUCGUACGCUGAACAAGAACGCGGUGAAAGUCUUCAAAGUCAUUCAACAUAUCAUGGGGGAUAGGGAACGAGAGAAGCCUGUCAAUGUUAGACUGCAGCCAGACAAUCAUGUUUCGAUGGUGGCAUCGUUCAACGCGUCUACAACUUCUCUUUCCAGCCAUGCCAUGAACAUCCUCGAGGAAGAAAGGUGGUUAUUGAGCGAAGGCUUAACCCAUGGCGAACUGAGAGAUGAGAUCUAUUGCCAAGUGAUGAAGCAGGUUACGGGCAAUCCGAACAAGGAGAGCAUUUUCAAGGGUUGGCAGCUUCUUUGCGUCCUGCUGAUCACGUUCCCUCCGUCGAAGAACUUCGAGACUUACCUUCACGGCUUCAUCCAGAAGCACACGACUCAACAGGAGGGUCGAGUUGAUGUCAUGGCGAAGCAUUGUCUUCGUCGGCUCAUGUCAAUUUCGAAGAAGGGCCCAAGGGGGAAGCCGCCAAUUAUUGCAGAAAUAGAGACCGCUUCUGAUGCUGCUUUCAAUCCAUCCACUUUUGGCGAAUCUCUAGAUGCUAUCAUAAGGCUACAGGAGCGAAACUAUCCACAUCAGAAGAUACCUAUCAUCCUGCCGUUCCUCGCAGAUGGAAUCCUUGCGCUUGGAGGGACGAAAUCGGAGGGAAUCUUCCGUGUACCGGGCGACAACGACUCUGUCUCGGGCCUAAAACUCCGCAUUGACAGGGGAUACUACACUCUUGAUGGCGUCGAUGACCCACACGUGCUAGCUUCGCUCAUGAAACUCUGGCUGCGCGAACUCUGCGACCCACUAGUCCCUGAAGAACUUUACAACGAAUGUAUCCAGAACUCCAAAGACCCAGAAGCCUGUGUGCAGAUCGUGGAGCGGCUGCCUACCAUCAACCGACGCGUCGUUCUCUUCGUCAUCAGUUUCCUCCAGUUGUUUUUGGAAGAGCGGACGCAAAGUGUCACGAAAAUGACACCUGCAAACCUGGCGCUGGUGAUGGCCCCGAAUCUGUUGCGAUGCAAUUCAGAAUCCAUGUCUGUUGUAUUCACUAAUGCCCAGUAA